GGCGGGCCCAAGGGACCACGUGGCCGGGGGCAAGUGCAGAGCGGGGACCAGAAGCCAGCCCCAGGGGGUGACCAGGUCGCAAAGGCGGAAUAGCAAAGGUCAGCCUAACCCUGAGUACCCUUCCCCUGCGAUGGGCGUGCAGCCCCCCAACUUCUCCUGGGUGCUCCCGGGCCGGCUAGCCGGGCUGGCGCUGCCGCGGCUCCCUGCGCACUACCAGUUCCUGCUGGACCUGGGCGUGAGGCACCUGGUGUCCCUGACGGAGCGCGGACCCCCUCACAGCGACAGCUGUCCGGGCCUCACGCUGCACCGGCUGCGCAUCCCUGACUUCUGCCCGCCGGCCUCGGAACAGAUCGACCAAUUUGUGAAGAUCGUGGACGAGGCCAACGCCAAGGGAGAGGCUGUUGGAGUGCACUGCGCCCUGGGCUUUGGCCGCACUGGCACCAUGCUGGCCUGCUACCUGGUGAAGGAGCGGGGCUUGGCUGCAGGAGAUGCUAUCGCUGAGAUUCGGCGCCUGCGGCCAGGAUCCAUUGAGACCUAUGAACAAGAGAAAGCCGUUUUUCAGUUCUACCAGCGCACAAAAUAAGAGACUCACCCGCUCUCCUGCUGCAGAUGGGAAAUGUGGCCAGGGAGGAAGGGAAGUGGGCUAAAGUACCUGCAUCCUUCAGCUCCCUUUGCCUCCCGCUGGACAGAAGUAGUCUUUCCCCGAAGCCAUAACCUGAUUGACAGAGUGGCUGAGACCCCAUGAAUAUGAGUUAAUAUCUAAUAAGAACUCACUUACGCUGCAUAGAAUUUACAUAGCACUCCCAAUACAUCAACUCCACGUAGCCCUGGGUCAUAGAAAAUAUAAAAACUGUUUCUGUUCUUUGGAUGGCGUGACUAGAGCUCAGAAAGGCUUAUGGUCACGAUUCUGGAAAAUAGAAGUAUGGGCCAGGACUGCAACACAUACCUUUGUCUCCUUGAAGAUGCUGACAUUCUAGGUGCUGACCCCUGGUCUUAGGGUUUCUGGAGAACUGGUCAAUGAAAGAGAGCUCCCAGUCUACGGCCACCCAGCUUCCAGCAGUCUCAGGGCUCUACACUCCCACACCAGGAGUGCCCUUGUUGAUAUCACCUUUGUUCUCUCAGGGUACAGAAGACUUGGAUGUCACAAAUCUCCUUCCACGUUCCCUCCUUCCCCGUCUCCCCCCAGAGCUGGCCACUCUUACCGGCCUUAGAUACACUCGGUUCAUCUGUUACCUCCGGCCCCUGUGUCAUCCCCAACCUCAGGCCCAGGAAUGGCGGAACUGCAUCUUGGUGGUUAUACGAAGUGGAUAUUAAAUAAUCAAAUAAAUAGCUCCGAGGCUAUGACUUUUGGCUGUCUGUCCCAGGUUAGCACCACACUUGGGGCUCUCUGAGAGAUGCGGUGAACAUCAUACAUGAGCCCAGUGGACUCUUGUAUAAUGUCAGUCUGAACUCUUGCCCCAUCUUCUGCCAUACAGGCUGAGCUGAACGAGGGAAAUUCACCCUGAGAUACACCUGGAGUGCCUGUGUGAACUCGGUGUGCCUGUUAGAGGAGAAGUGACUCAGCAAAGCGAGACAUGUUCCUAUUCUCAGGGGCCUGGCCUUUCUGGAGAAGAUGGGUAAUGACAGUCCAUUCCCACAUGAUGGACACUAAAGGCCGUCUCUGCUAUUCCAAGCACAGGACAGAGUAGGCAAGAGUUCCCCUAUAGCCUCCAUCUCUUGCAUCGAAGGCCAGAGCUGUGCCUCUGCCAUCCCCUCCCCAGGACUUCUUUCCCCAUCCUCUGCUGCCCCUAACUGCACAUUAUCCAGCUCACCCUUACCCAAAAGGCUUAGUUAAGCUAGAGAUGUAAGCUGCACUCACCCAGAAUCCUUUCUGUAUCUAAUGUGGGGAAUCCACUCCUUAACUAUUUCCCUGGAUUCUAUCUAGCCCUCCCAGGGAAAAUAAAUCAGCCAAAGAGAAGAAACUCAAAAGUUCCAGGCAUUCAGCCUGUGAUGGAGGAAAAAGGAAGGCCUUCCUUUUAGUGGCCUUCUCCCACCAAAAGCGCCACCCACCACACACAGGGAGUGUGCAUGUCUAUGUAACGUUUUCCUGAGGAGGGCAUGGCCCAGGAAGAGAGCGAAAGGCGCGUUUCCUCCACCCUUGUCGUUCAAUGCAGAACUUACCCAUAAGGGGAGGAAAAGGGAGGCCACCGCUGUGCCCAGAGUUGUCUCCUCACCAGCACUGAUUGGCUGAGCCCUAGGACCCGCCCUCACCCUUUCUGAUGUCUGUUUCUCCUCAUAUCCUCCACACUCCCAGAGCAGAUUCUGCUCUUACCUUCCUCCCAAGGCUCCUUGGAAGGAGACAGAAAAUUUUUCUAACCCCAUUAAAGCCCUGUGUGCAGUUCCCUCCCCAUAAUUUAAGCAAGUCUCCUCUGCCUCAAGAGUUCCUUAGGGAAAUAAACAUAUAAUUAUGUGCUUAAGGAAAUCGCUUUUAAAUAAGUACGAGUUGACUUCAAAUGAAAAACUCUGCCCUUCUCCUUCUAUCUACCUUGAGGGGUUAGCCAGGGACUCCAUUUGUGCUCAUUUAUGCCCCCCAGAAGUUUCAGCGUUUUACCUCCCUUUAUCGUGUAUUUGUUCAUACUCAUUUAUGCUCCCAGAAGUUUUACCCUCCCACUGCCCUUUCUCCUGUAUUUGUCACCAAUGAAAGUUCACACAUCAGCCAUGGCCCCUCCCUAGUACAUCCUGCACUGACGCCAGGGACACACCUCCUCCAUCUGAGAAGCACAUCUGCAUUUGCACCGGGCCAGGCUUCCUCAUGCUCAACACUCCUAACAUUUUUGAGCUGGGACUGGAUAAUUGGAGAUGGGGAAUCUAUACCAUAGGAUGUUCAACAGUGUUGCCGGUUUGCACUCACUUGAUGACAGUCACAUGUUGUCAGGGUUCCCUGUCCUGCCUGAUUCCCACAGUUGUUAAGUCCCAAAGAAAUCACACAGAGGUCUACAUUAGUUAUACACUGAUUGGCCCGUUAGCUCAGGCUUCUUAUUAACUCUUAUAACUUACAUUAGCCCAUUAUUCUUGUCCAUGUUCCCCACGUGACUCAGUACCUUAUUCAGCGGGGCAGUCACAUCUUGCUUCUUCUUGUGACUGGGCCAGGACCGCUUCCUCUUCCCAGAAUUCUCCUGUUCCCCUUGACCUGCCUUUACUUUUUAUCUGGUUGUCCUGCCUAUACUUCCUGCCUGGCUACUGACCAAUCAGCAUUUAUUUAAAAUAUAAUUGACAGAAUACAGACAAUUGUCCCACAGCAGUCACCCACAACUCUCUGGCUAUGACAACCAAAGAUGCCCCUCAACAUUGCCACAUUUUCCCCAUGGGAACAAAACCUGCCCUGGUAAGAACUGUUGCAACAGACCAACAUGCAGGUCUCGUUCUCUCUGGAGCAGAGGAACAGAUUGGAGUCUUAUGUAUACGUACACAUCAUAAUAGGGGAACAGAGACCAAUCACAUACUUCCACCUUUCCAACCAGUGACUAGAAGUCAAGUUAUUCCUGGGUUCUCAGCUCUCCAUGGGCUUGUUUUCCAACCAGGUCAUUAACGCCACUGACACUCUACAUUCAGAAGGAUUACAUCCCCAGUGGGCUGCUGAGGAAUGUAAAUGAAACAGCUUCCCCCCUGUUCCUGGGAUAAACAUGACUGGCUUAGUCAGGGUUUCUAAUGCCAUGAAGAGACACCGUGACCACAGAAACUCUUAUGAAGGAAAGCAUUUAAUGGGGGCUGGCUUACAGUUCAGAGGGUUAGUCCAUUAUUGUCACAGCAAAAAGCAUGGCAGCAUGCACGCAGACAUAAUGCAGGAGAGGUAGGUGAGAGUUCUGCUUCUGGAUCUGAAGGCAGCAGGAGGAGAGAGCAGACACUGACUGGGCCUGGCUUGAGCUUCUGAAACCUCAAAGCCCACCCCCAGUGACACACUUCCUUCAACAAGGCCACACUUCCUAAUAGCACCACUCCCUGUGGGCCUCUGGGAGAUAUUUCCAUUCAAAACACCACAAUAACCAAACACAACUUGGGAAGGAAAGGGUUUGUUUCAUCCUGUACUUCCAAGUGAGAGUUCAUCAUCGUCUUUGUUACGGUUCCUGCUGCUAUGGUGAAACACCAUGACCAAAAGACAAGUUGAGAAGGAAAAGGUUUAUGUGGCUUACACUUGCACAUCUCUGUUCAGUAUUGAAGGAAGUCAGGACGGGAACUUAAAUGGGACAAGAACCUGGAAGCAGGAGCUCAUGCAGAGGCCAUGGAGGGAUGCUGCUUACUGGCUUGCUCCCCAUGACUUGCUCAGCCAGCUUUCUUAUAGAACUGAGAACCUCUAUCCCAAGGAUGGCACCACCCACUAUGGGCUGAGCCUUCCCCCAUUUAUCCCUAAUUGAGAAAACGCCUUACAGCUGGAUCUAAUGGAGGCAUUUCCUCAGCUGAGGCUCCUUCUUCUCUGUUGACUGUAGCUUGUGUCAGGUUGGCAUACCACAUCAGCCAGUAUGAGGGAAGCCAAGGCAGGAAUGGGAGCAGGACCUGAAGCAGGGAUCAUGAAAGAUCUGCUUAUGGACUUGCCUUCUAGGACUUUCUCGGCCUGCUUUCUUCCUUCCUUUCUUCCUUCCUUCCUUCCUUCCUUCCUUCCUUCCUUCCUUCCUUUAUUUAUUUACUCUUUAACCUUUUUGUUGGUUCUUUGUGGAUUUCACAUCAUGCAUCCUGAUCCCGUUCAUCUCCCCAUGUCUUCGUAUCUGCCCUCUGCCCUUGCAAUCUCCCACACUCAAUAAAUAAAUAAAUAAAUAAAUAAAUAA